AUGUCGGAUAUUGACGCGGAAAUCCUGGCGCUGGCCGACGGGGAUGAUUCCUCCGACGAGGAAGCUGCCGCCGCUCAGCCAAAGCGUGGCUCGUCCGGCGAAGCAGGCGGAGGUGACUCUGGGGAAGAGAGUGGUGAGGUGUCAGGCAGGAGGAGUGGGAAGUCCUCUGCACGCACAAAGAGGACAAGAGAUGCCGGCGAUAAGGAUGAUGAUGGUGCAGACCUCUCAUCCUCUUCCUCACGAUCUCGCACGUCUCUACGGUCUGCCUCGAUGUCUGAAUCCGAUUCCGACGACGUUUCCCCGCCUCCUGGUGACCAGGGUCCCAUUUUUCCUUAUGAAAAACUGUUCUAUUCCGCCAAGGACAAGGCCGAGGUGAUGGCCCUGCCAGAGAUACAACGCGAGGAACUCCUAUCCGAAAGAGCACAGCAAGUUGACCGCCAUAACCAAGAUCUCGCUCUCCGACGUCUCCUCGCCUCUCGUGAACGAGAGGAGGCUCGUGCCGCUGAGAAGAAGAAACGCAAAGCCGGAGCUACAGACCUAGAAGAGAGCCAGCGCAAGAGUUCGCGACAGAAGACUACCUUGGGAGGUCGCAAGGUUGGAGAAACCUCUGAUGCCAUCGAAGCGUACAAGCGCCAGCGUGAGCAGAAGGGUAAACGAGACGAGCAGCGUCGAAGGGAUGCGAGCUCGAGAAAGAAAGAUAGAGCUAACGGCUCGACUGACGGAGAGCUCUCGGACCGGGAUGCAAAUGGCGAAAGCGAUGUUGAAUGGGAUGAGGGACCGCGUCGUCGAUCGCCCUCUGUGCCCCGGGACGAUCCUCCAGCUGAACUGCGGGAUAUUCAGCGUGCUCGCGUUGGUCGCAGUAACUUUGCGCAGGUUUGCUUCUAUCCGGGUUUCGACAGUGCUAUUUCCAACUGUUACGUUCGUGUUGUUAUCGGAGUAAAUAAGGAAUCACAACAGAAUGAGUACCGACUCUGCUCGAUAAAAAAAUUCACUGAGGGUAAACCUUAUGCCAUGGAAGCGCCUAAUGGAAGAAGUUUCAUCACCACUCAAUAUGCCGUUCUUGCCCAUGGCAAGGCGGAGAAGGAAUUCCCUUUCAUCGCGUGUUCGGAUUCUCCAAUCACUGAGGCCGAAUUCAACCGUUACCGGCAAACCAUGGCUGUGGAAGACUGCAAGAUGGCCACCAAGUCCAUGGUUGCCAACAAGGUCGCGGAUAUCAACCGGCUCAUCAACCACCAAUUCACAAAGGAGGAGCUGGAAGAAAAACUUCGUCGCCAGGGAACCAAUGAUAACAAGAUGAAAAUAUUUGAACGUAUUCAGCUCGAGAAGCGGCGUCAAGAAGCGAUUGCAACUGGUGAUGAAGCCGCCAUUGCCCAGUGUGAUGCUGAACUGCAGCGUUUUACGGGGCCUAAGUUAGCCUUCGGUACAACUCUUGUUAAACCCCGCUCGACGGAGAAGACGCAGCAGGAACGCCUGCAAGAACUAAACCGACGCAACCAGAAACUCAAUGCCGAAAAUGUCCGGCGUGCGCAGCUUGAGGAGCGGCGGCGUGAACGACUUGCUGCGGCUGCUGUUGCGCGUGGUGAAGCUGUUGCCAACCGUUUCGCGCGUGUGAAGACGAAGGCGAGAACCCACUAUGACGUUCAUGGGAACCGGCUUCUGCCGAAGGGCGCAGAGGACGGAGGAGGGAGCGAUAUGAGUCGCCCUGUUACUCCCAUCACCGGCGCAAACACGCCUAAUGGCAAUAAAAUAAGCACGCCUACACGGAAUGGAAGGAGCGUGACUCCUUCUAGUACGAAAGGUGUGGGUGAUUCGACGAAAGUAGCGCGCAAAGGGGGCGUCCCUGUUAUCCGCCAUCGGCCUACAGAUGAUGAAAACAUCGCAGCGUUGGAUUUUGAAAUUGAUAUCGAGAUUUAA